UCCUAUCCAAUGACGUCUACGUCUCAUUCACGCCGAGGGAUUGAAGCCUAUAUAAUGUGAUAUUUUCAUUUUGUGACGAUUCAUCAACCUUUGCUGUAGCAGGGAAAACAAGAAACGCGUGUUUUCGUUGUGAAGAGUGUGAAGAGUAACGAAACUUAAGUUAAACUUAAGAAAAAAAUACAGGUACAACAGCCAUGAUGCCUUCGUGUAACUUCUACAUUUUUUUAUACGUACGUAAAUGGCCGUAUCAUCUGUUUACUUGUAUCUGCAUUGUUCUAUUUAUAAUUGGAUGUACGGGAAAUGUCGCUGUUAUUUUUCUUAUUCGUCGAUGUAGACAGUUACGAGGUGCACCCGUCAUUCUUUUAGUAAACCUUGCAGUAGCCGAUAUUUUAGUUUGUCUAACGUAUUUCCCAUUAUAUAUAUAUAUUAGUCUAACACAGACGAGACCACUGAUUAUUACUUCUAAUAAUAAUGUCUGUGCAGUUACACUUUUCUUGGAAUUCCAGUCACAAUUAUGUUCAGCCUUGACAAUCGCAUCUAUUAAUUUUGAGAGAUGUUUCGUUUUGAAAUACCCACUCAGAGUUCGCACUGUCAUCACUUUCAAAAGAAAACUAUUAGUCACAGCCGGUAUCUGGGUGAUUUCAACCUUGUGUUCAAUUCAUGUUAUUGUUUACCCUCCAGAUUUUAUCACACCUGUUUUCAAUGACGAGUUUGACAAGUGGCAACCUACAACACAAUUUAUAAUUCCGGCAGUCAUCGUUGUAGUAUCUUGCAUCAUUACAGCUUUAACACUUAUUAAAAGAAUACACAGUAAUCGUUUACAUGAGUCCAAUCAAAGUAACGUGUCCACAGGAAAUUCUCUCAGAAAUCCAAAAAAGGCUCUAAAAACGGUGAUCAUCGUGGCUGUUGUCUUUCUGUGCAUGACGUCACCGAGUGCAAUUUUUCGUUUUUGGAUUAUAAACAAUGGAUACCAUUUUUCCGCGAAAACCUGGUUGUAUUUUGCUAAUCUACUUAGAGUAUCUAAUAGCUGCGUUAAUCCAUUUAUUUAUGCACUCAUGUCCAGUAGUUUUCGAUCGGCCAUCAAAUCAACAUUUUGCUGUAAAACAGAUUCGACAAACAGGCAAAAUUUAAAUUUUAACUCUAGAAGUAGACCGUUGCAAAACAGAGUUUAGAAACAAUGAUAAACUAGGCCAAGAGUAAUCUUCAUUAAAUAAGGCUGCAUUCACAUCGGACCCAAACCAAAAUUCGGACCAGGUUUUGGAUGCACUACGCCAGCGUCCCUACUCCUGUGACAGAGUGAUACAGUAAUUUAUAUAUAUACACAAAUGUCUUAGCAUCAUAUUUUUAUAAUAUAUAAGUGUAUUUAAGGAGUUGAAGAUGUUUGCUGACAAAGGUUUAGUUAUUCAUUCAUUUGAAUAAAUACAUUAAAAAAAAAUAUUAACUGAUGGUGUGUGUAUGGAUGAGAUAACGGGAUGAGAUACAUGGAUAGAUGGAUGCAUGCAUGAUGGCAUGCAUGAUGGAUAGAUAAAUGGAUGGCUUGAUGGAAGGAAGAUCAAUGAUGGACGAAGGAAGCCUUAGGAAGGCAUACAAUAAAUCAAUUCAAAAGUACGGACAGAUGGACAAACGAACGAAUUCAAACGAACGACAAACGACUCAAUGAAUGAAGUCAACACAUUCAGUUUCACUCUCUAAAAUUAUUCGAUUCAAAAAAAAAAAAAUAAAUAAAACACAAAUUAAAUACUUGAUUCGAUACGAGGUGAAUAGGUGUAUUUUUUUUUUCAUAGAAUUAACUAAUUUAGAUGCUUGCAUGUAAUUAAUUGUUUAUUGAAACAAAGAUCGCUAUAUUUAAAUGAAUAUUUGAAAUGUAAUUUUAUGUGUAACCUCGGAUACGGCGUCCAACAUUUAUAGAAUAGUAAUAAUAAAGUAAUAAUAAUGUACCAUCAAAUUUUACGUUUCAAUUUAUUGUCUUCGUUACCCUAACUGGGGUUUUAUUCAUCAUCAAUAUAUAGGCCACUGGCGAUUAUAUAAUAAUACAAUAAAGAUCCAGUGUUGUCAAAUAAUCAAUUCUCUUUUUAUUAUUUAUUCUUUUUAUUUUUUAUUGUCAAAAUAAGACGGUAAACAAUCCACCGAGCUGUUGGAAAGGAACUCAAAACCAAACCUAAUCACUAUUGCGUUAGCAUGAGAACCUCAACCACCCAGCUUCAUAAAAAUACAAUGCUCAAAAUUUAAUAAAUCUUUUUUACUAUAUUUUUACAUUUUUUUUACAGAAAUGUAAGUUGAAAACUUAGCGUUGAGCAAGAGUAAAAUAUUAUUUAAGUUACUAUACAAUGUCUUGAGAAAACUGUAAAAUGAAUUAAUUGAAGCAUUUAAAAAACCGUGUUUAUUUGUCGAUAUAUUAGCCGUUAACAUCAGCAAAUUAAACAAAACUUGUACUUUUUGUGUUUAAUUUAUGUUACAUAAUGAUAAAUAAAAUUUGUCAAUGUAAGGAAGAGUAUAAUACAAUUUAGGAUUAAAUCGAUUUCUGAUCUGAGAAAAGAAAGGACAAAUCAAUGUAAAAUGGAAUUCAUAUUCGAUCGAAUUUAAGUUACAGAGAUAAUACAAACGACACUGGAGUGGAAUCUUAUUCCAUCUACCAUUCUCGACCUCUAAUUUAAUAACUCCUAAACCAAAAACAGUAUUCUACGUUUAAAAUUCCGAAUUUCACACCCGUAUAUUGAUGAGUAGGUGUAAUUUCCUAGAAUUAAUUAAUUUACAUGUAAUUAAGAAUUGUUUAUUGAAACAUGUUGAAAUUGGUAAUAUUAUUUUUACAUCAAAGCGUUUAUCCCAUAUAUUUAUUGGUAGAUAAUUUAAGUUCUGAUUUAUUGAUGAUUUAAGAGAAUAUAAUAUGUAGCCGCAGUAGAUCAAAAUGUAUAUAUUUUAGACUAUAUUAUUUUACACUGUAAAUACGACGACUACCAUUUAGGAACGUUGGUAAUCUAGAUUAACGAUUUUGAUGUUAAUACUAUAGUAGUAUAGUAGUUAGUGAUUCAUAGUUAAAACAUUGGUUUCAACGAAAUAUAAUCCGGAAACGUACGAUGGCUGGCAGGGUGUAGUACCGCUUUCUUAUCUAGGCAACAAGUUGCCGUACUAUAGUCCUUGUUGUUAAGGCUUGAAAAUUAGCAAGAUUAGACUGAAACAAACAUUUUAU